AUGGAACUGGAAACUGGCAAGUCUACCAUUGCUUCUUACGAUGAUGAUGAAAGAUCAAAAAGAACAGGAACUUGGGUGAGUGCAAGUGCACAUAUAAUAACAGCAGUUAUAGGUUCCGGAUUGUUGUCUCUUUCAUGGGGGAUUGCUCAGUUGGGGUGGAUUGCUGGCCCCAUUGCUCUUGUAAUGUUCUCUUUCAUCACUUGGUUCACAUCGAAUCUGCUAGUUGAUUGUUGCAGGGACCCUGUUUGUGGAACAAGACUUAGCUGUUACAUGGAUGCUGUCAAAUCUAACUUAGGAGGAAUCAAUAACAAGUUUUGUGGAAUAGCACAAUAUGUGAAUCUUGUGGGGGUAACAAUUGGAUAUUCGAUCACUUCAGCUAUUAGUAUGGCGGCGAUAAAAAGAUCAGGUUGUUUUCACAAAGAGGGACAUGCUGUAGGCUGCCAUGUCAAGAACAAUAUGUUCAGUAUCAUCUUCGGCAUCAUAGAGAUCAUAUUGAGCCAAAUUCCCAACUUCCAUGAGCUCUCGUGGCUCUCCUUGGUCGCUGCCGUUAUGUCGUUUGCCUACUCUUGCAUUGGCCUCGGUCUAUCGAUAGCCAGAGUGGCAGGAGGAUCUCGUUCUAGGACUAGCUUGAUGGGGACGACGAUUGGAGUCGACGUGACGGACUGGGAGAAGGUUUGGAACGUCUUCGAGGCCCUCGGCGACAUCGCGUUCGCCUAUUCUUUCUCCAAUGUCCUCAUUGAAAUACAGGAUACACUGAAAUCAAGUCCACCGGAAAAUGAAUCCAUGAAAAAGGCAACCUCGCUCGGCGUCUCGGUCACCACCAUGUUCUACAUUUCGUGUGGAGUUCUGGGUUAUGCAGCAUUCGGAAACACCGCUCCAGGCAAUUUCCUAACAGGGUUCGGGUUUUACGAACCUUACUGGCUAAUCGACAUUGCUAAUCUGUGCAUUAUUAUUCAUCUUGUGGGAGCUUACCAGGUAUUCUGCCAACCAAUAUUCAAACAGGUGGAAGACUGGUGCUUGAACCGAUGGCCAAACAACAAUUUCAUAAAAGGAAGUCGACCAAUUAAGCUGCCGUUGUUUGGGGAUUCUACUUUCAGUACCUUCAGGCUUGUAUGGCGAACAGCUUACGUGAUCACGACAACCAUGGUGGCGAUGCUUCUCCCGUUCUUCAACGGCAUUCUCGGUCUGCUCGGCGCCGCUUCAUUUUGGCCGCUGACCGUGUAUUUCCCGAUCCAAAUGCACAUAUCGAGAGAAAACAUUCGACUCUUUUGCUGGAAAUGGAUAUGGCUAAACGUCCUGGUCGUGGCCUGCUUGAUUAUAUCGGUCCUAGCAGCGGCCGGCUCCAUUGCUGUAAUCGCUAAGGAUCUCCAAACAUACAAGCCUUUCACCUCAGUUUCUUAAUGAUUUUCAUGUUUUAUUAAUACAAUUUCAGAAGAAUUAUAUUAAGA